ACCUUCCCCGGAGACAGCGCAGACCAUCAUGGAGCAGGUCUCGGAAAAGAUGGAAAAGGCCAAGGAUGUCGUGAAGGAGAGUCUGCUGGGCACGGACGUCGACCCGCAACUCUCCAAUGCGACACGCGCGGAUUUCAUGAGAUAUGCUGUCAAGGAUGAGGAGUCGGGCGAUUACUACAUGACCGAGAAGGAAUUCGUCGAUGCUGUCGCACCGGAAGGCGAAGACUACCACAAGAUCAAGCGACACCAAUAUGCCAUUCUGUUUCAAAUCGCCGACAGAGCCAACAAGAACCGCGUGACGCUACAGGAUUGGUCGGUCUUUAACAAUCUCCUCGCCAAACCCGAUGCCGAGUACGAAAUCGCCUUCCGCCUCUUCGCCGAUCCGAGCUCUGGUCUUGUCGACUUCAACACCUUCAAAGAUGUCUACGCGCAGAACAAGACGAGUGAUACCGUGCCGUUCAAUUGGGAUAGCGACUGGGCAAAGUUGUACCUGGGGGGGAAGCGCCAUCGUCAUUCAAUGACCUAUCCGCAAUUCGCGCAGAUGUUGCGUGGUCUGCAGGGAGAACGUGUCAGACAGGCUUUCUUGCACUUUGACAAGAAUGGGGAUGGAUACAUUGAGCCGGAGGACUUCCAGCGUAUCAUCAUGGAGACGGCUGCCCACAAACUGUCGGAUCAUCUUCUGGAGAACCUGCCAACUCUCUGCAACAUCAGUCCCGGCUCGCGGAUAUCGUACGCGAAUGUUAGAGCCUUUCAGAAUGUCAUUCGCGAGAUGGAUCUGUUCGAGCUCGUGAUUCACAAUGCCAUCAAGAAGUCAUCCGAUGGCAAGAUAACUCGAGUGGAUUUCCUCAACGAAGCCUCGCGCAUCACUCGCUUCUCCCUCUUCACCCCGAUGGAGGCCGACAUCCUCUUCCACUUUGCUUCGCUGGAUCAACCUUCCGGACGCCUCGGUGUGGAAGAUUUCGCGCGUGUACUCGAUGCCAGCUGGCAUGCUUCAAGAGAUGGAUUGCAAGACGGCCUGAAUGACAUAGCCGACGUUGGCACAAAAGCUAUGGCCAAGACCGAAGGUUUCCUUCACAGUCUCCUAGUAUCAGCGCAUCACUUCGCGCUGGGUUCGAUCGCUGGAGCCUUUGGUGCGUUCAUGGUAUACCCUAUCGAUCUGGUCAAAACCCGCAUGCAGAAUCAGCGUGCCGCGUCGGUCGGUCAACUCCUUUACAAGAACAGCUUCGACUGUUUCGGCAAAGUCUUCCGCAACGAGGGCAUUCGUGGGUUGUACUCUGGCGUCCUUCCACAGCUCAUUGGUGUCGCUCCCGAAAAGGCCAUCAAGCUGACCGUCAACGACCUCGUUCGCGGCAAAUUCACUGAUCAAAGCACCGGCUCAAUCAAGGUCUGGGCCGAAAUCAUGGCUGGAGGAUCCGCUGGUGCCGCCCAAGUGAUCUUUACCAACCCUCUCGAGAUUGUCAAGAUUCGACUACAGGUACAGGGUGAAGCCAUUCGAGCCGCCGCUCGAGAGGGUGAGCAGCUUAAGAAGCGGACUGCCCUCUGGAUCGUGCGCAAUCUUGGUCUCACUGGUCUCUACAAGGGUGUCUCCGCCUGUCUCCUCCGCGACGUUCCCUUCUCCGCCAUCUACUUCCCGACCUACAACCAUCUCAAGCGCGACAUGUUCGGCGAGUCUCCAACCAAGAAGCUCGGUAUUCUCCAGCUCCUCUCCGCCGGUGCCAUCGCCGGUAUGCCCGCCGCCUACCUCACCACACCCUGCGACGUCAUCAAGACUCGUCUACAAGUCGAGGCGAGAAAGGGCGACACCACAUACACCAGUCUGCGGGAUUGCGCGUCAAAAGUGUUCAAGGAGGAGGGCUUCAAGGCGUUCUUCAAGGGAGGCCCAGCUCGCAUUGUGCGGUCAUCGCCUCAAUUCGGCUUCACACUGGCAGGAUACGAGCUGCUCCAAGGGCUGCUCCCUCUUCCGGGUGAGCACGAUGAGCACGAGCAAGGACUUACGCCGCGCGGAAGCCUUGAACCGGUCACCGGAUUGCAAGAAGCACAGGCACCACUCCCUCAUCUCCGCUGUCGGAAUGCGCUUAAGAUCAUCAAUGAUCUGGACCUGGGCUUCGGCAAGGUGAAGGCACCUCAUCCAGAG